AAAGAAAAUAAACAUGCUAUUUGCUUUUCUCUACUUCUUAAUCCCUUCUCUUUCAUUUCCUCUGCCUCCGUCCCUUUGGUAUCAAGGAGUUUAGAGAGGUAGAGAUACCAUAGGAUUGUGAAGUAUAUUGGGGAAGAAAAGGCAUUGGACUGGAAGUUAGGAGACCUGGAUUCUAGUCACAAUUUAAAAUCAAAGUCAUAUGUCCUUGGGUAGGUAAUUUGACCUGAAUUUCUGUUUCUAAAUUUCUAUCAUCAAGCUGGAUUUUGUCCAACUUCAGGAUAAAACUAUUGCUUAAGUGUAUGUUGCGAUAUGCAGGGCUGGCUUACCUGUAUGAUUUGAGUCAGUGUGACUAUCACCUCUGAUAUUAUUUAUUAUUUACCUCUUACCUUGUUUGUAACGAUCUUGUCACCCCCAGAAUAGAUCCCCCUUGUACACCAGAAGUGCAACUCAACUCCAAGCAAUAAUAAUAUUUUUAGUAUAAACUAUGUUCUUUUGCUUUGAUGAAAAAAUAAUUGGGUUUUAGGAAUGACUGGGUUUCUGUUUAGUUUCUAUUUGGAACUGCUACAAGGAUUGUUGGUAGUGGUCAGUUCAACGUUUAUUGAAUUCCUAUGAUGUGCUGGUCAUUGAAUUAGGUCUUGAGGAGGUAACAAUGAACUGGAGGUCCACAUCUUCUCAGUUUACAGUCUAGUGGAGGAGACAGAGUAAUUUAACAGGUUGUUUCUAUGUACUUGUAUUAAGUGCUCUGUUACACAGAAGGUCUUGGGAACACAGAGGAUGCAUCCUCCAGGCUGGAAUAUUCUCAAGGCUUUCCAAGGAGGUCACACCUGACCUGAGUUUUCAAGGAUGAGUAGAAUUUAGGGGAUGAGUGAACAAUGAAUUUAAUAUGUGAAAAGAUUUCAGUCCUUGAAGAGUUAGUAUAUGGUGAUCUGUCAACAUGUAUUUCAUUCAAGUGUUUGCUUUGAUGUUCCUAAGUGAUGUUGGACCAGACAGCUUCUUGCAUCAAAGUUUUCUUUCCUCAGUGAAUUGUCUUUGUUCUUGGCGUAAUGCCAUUGCAACAAAAGAACCUGUUGUAACUUUCUGUUGUAACUUUCCAUUGUAAUCCUAGCCCACUUUACUGAACACCUAUUCAUAGCAGAAAAGAUGUAUAUUUUUUAGGCCAGUGUCUAGCUGACAUUAUCAUCAAAAAGGAGUAAGGUUUUUUGUAGACAAAUAUUUCUCAGACUGUGUUUUCCCAGACCCACUACAUGUCAGUAACACCCCCCAAGUAUGACAACUAAAAAUAUCUGUAGACAUUUGUCAAAUGUUUCCUGAGGGACAAAAUCUUCCCUGGAUAGAGAACUACUAUGAGUUCUUGAAGGCAGAGGCUGUCUUUUUCCUGAGUCCACAGUGCAGAUAGACAUGUAAUAAAUGAAUAAAUGUUUGUUAAAUAAGUAAACUAGACUGUAUGAUCAGGAAAUAUCAGAUUGUCCAGAUUCUAAAAAUAUCAGGUUAUAAACAGGAAAGUUUAGCAUUAUUGGUAUUGUUUCACUAUCUAAAUUAGUAAGUAAAUUGAUAAAUAUAGCUGCUGUUUAAUCUCCUUCCAUACAAACUAUGAUAAUGCAGGCUAAUUUGUGGAAGAUUAAUGGAUCAUGAUGAUGGCCCCCAGAGUCUAGAGAUUUUUACUUAAAAAUACAUAUAAUUGUGUGAGCCUGUCUAUAGAUCUACUUAUGCUCAUAAAAGGUUUUCUGCAGCAGCUGACAUCUGAGAGUGCAUCACAUAAUCUAAUUUUGAUGCUCCUCAUAUUCAAAAUAACAGCAACAUGGUAAAAUAUUAGAAAUAUAGAGAACCUUAGGUCAGAAGACACCUCAAGCUCUUUAUAUAUCAUAGCAUGUUUAGUGAAUAAUGAUAUCUCAGUAGCUGUAGCUAUCCUCAUCAUCCUCAUCAUCAUCAGGGAGGAAAUACUAUCCUUCAGGACCGAUUAGCACAUGGGAUGUCUUUCAAUCUCUUCAGGACCUCCAACCAGCCUGUUCCAGCCUCCUCGCCGCCCUGGCCUCGGAACUGUCGGAAAACCCAUUCGACUGUUAGCCAAUCAUUUUCAGGUUCAGAUUCCUAAAAUAGAUGUGUAUCACUACGAUGUGGACAUUAAACCAGAAAAAAGGCCUCGUAGAGUCAACAGGGAGGUGGUAGACACAAUGGUGCGGCACUUCAAGAUGCAGAUAUUUGGUGAUCGGCAGCCUGGCUAUGAUGGCAAAAGGAACAUGUACACAGCACAUCCACUGCCAAUUGGACGGGAUAGGGUUGACAUGGAAGUUACCCUUCCAGGUGAGGGUAAGGACCAAACCUUUAAAGUGUCUGUUCAGUGGGUGUCAGUUGUGAGCCUUCAGUUGCUUUUAGAAGCUUUAGCCGGGCACUUGAAUGAAGUCCCAGAUGACUCGGUACAAGCACUUGAUGUUAUCACAAGACACCUUCCCUCCAUGAGGUACACUCCGGUGGGCCGCUCCUUUUUCUCCCCUCCGGAAGGUUACUACCACCCUCUGGGAGGGGGCAGGGAGGUUUGGUUUGGCUUCCAUCAGUCUGUGAGACCUGCCAUGUGGAAUAUGAUGCUGAAUAUUGAUGUAUCUGCAACUGCUUUCUACCGGGCCCAGCCUAUCAUUGAGUUCAUGUGUGAGGUUUUAGACAUCCAGAACAUCAACGAACAAACCAAACCUCUGACAGACUCCCAGCGUGUCAAGUUUACCAAAGAAAUCAGAGCUUUUUUUCCAACUUCAGGUCUUAAAGUAGAGGUGACUCACUGUGGACAGAUGAAACGAAAAUAUCGAGUUUGUAAUGUGACCAGACGGCCAGCCAGUCAUCAAACUUUUCCUUUACAGCUAGAAAAUGGUCAAGCUAUGGAAUGUACUGUAGCUCAAUAUUUUAAGCAAAAGUAUAGUCUGCAGCUGAAAUAUCCCCAUCUUCCCUGUCUCCAAGUGGGACAAGAGCAAAAGCAUACAUACUUGCCACUUGAGGUCUGUAAUAUAGUGGCAGGACAGCGGUGUAUAAAGAAACUCACAGACAAUCAGACGUCUACGAUGAUCAAAGCCACAGCAAGAUCUGCUCCUGACAGACAGGAAGAAAUCAGUAGACUGGUGAAGAGCAACAGCAUGGUGGGUGGACCUGAUCCAUACCUUAAAGAAUUUGGUAUUGUUGUCCACAAUGAAAUGACAGAGCUCACAGGCAGGGUACUUCCAGCACCAAUGCUACAGUACGGAGGUCGGAAUAAAACAGUAGCCACACCCAACCAGGGUGUCUGGGACAUGCGAGGAAAGCAGUUUUAUGCUGGCAUUGAAAUUAAAGUUUGGGCAGUUGCUUGUUUUGCGCCUCAGAAACAAUGUAGGGAAGAUUUACUAAAGAGUUUCACUGACCAGCUCCGUAAAAUCUCUAAGGAUGCAGGAAUGCCCAUCCAGGGUCAGCCAUGUUUCUGCAAGUAUGCACAAGGUGCUGACAGCGUGGAGCCCAUGUUUAAACAUCUGAAAAUGACAUAUGUGGGCCUACAGCUAAUAGUGGUGAUCUUGCCUGGGAAGACGCCAGUAUAUGCGGAGGUGAAACGUGUUGGAGAUACCCUCUUGGGUAUGGCCACGCAGUGUGUCCAGGUAAAAAAUGUAGUGAAGACCUCACCCCAGACCCUUUCCAACCUUUGCCUGAAGAUAAAUGCAAAGCUUGGAGGAAUUAACAACGUGCUUGUACCUCAUCAAAGGCCAUCAGUGUUCCAGCAGCCUGUCAUCUUCCUGGGAGCAGAUGUCACGCACCCUCCUGCAGGGGACGGGAAGAAGCCUUCCAUUGCUGCUGUCGUUGGCAGUAUGGAUGGUCACCCCAGCCGGUACUGUGCCACUGUUCGGGUGCAGACCUCCCGCCAGGAGAUCUCCCAGGAGCUCCUCUAUAGUCAGGAGGUAAUCCAGGACCUCACUAACAUGGUUCGAGAGCUGCUGAUCCAAUUCUACAAAUCCACACGCUUCAAACCCACACGGAUCAUCUAUUACCGUGGAGGGGUAUCGGAGGGACAAAUGAAGCAGGUAGCUUGGCCAGAACUAAUAGCAAUUCGAAAAGCGUGUAUUAGCUUGGAAGAAGAUUACCGGCCAGGAAUAACCUACAUUGUGGUACAGAAAAGACAUCACACACGACUCUUCUGUGCAGAUAAAACAGAAAGGGUGGGUAAAAGCGGCAAUGUUCCAGCGGGCACUACCGUGGACAGCACCAUCACGCAUCCAUCCGAGUUCGACUUUUACCUCUGUAGUCACGCGGGAAUUCAGGGAACCAGUCGUCCUUCACAUUACCAGGUCUUGUGGGAUGACAACUGCUUCACCGCAGACGAGCUCCAGCUACUGACUUACCAGCUAUGUCACACCUACGUGCGGUGCACUCGCUCGGUCUCUAUUCCAGCCCCUGCAUAUUAUGCCCGGCUUGUAGCAUUCAGAGCAAGGUAUCAUCUGGUGGAUAAAGAUCAUGACAGUGCAGAAGGCAGUCAUGUGUCAGGACAGAGCAACGGCCGAGAUCCUCAGGCCUUGGCUAAAGCUGUGCAAAUCCACCACGAUACCCAGCACACAAUGUAUUUUGCCUGAGCGUCUCAGAAGAGCUCAACCCAUUUGGCACCCCAUGCAGCCUCAAAACGUUUCACAUGCCUACCAGCGUACUAGAGAGCCAAGCUGACUUCAGUUUGUCUCCUACCAGCAGCUCGGAAUAGUUGCACUGAAUAAAUACUUCGCAGCACUGUCUGAUGCAUCAACAAAAUUGAGCCAUUUUUUUAAAGUAAUAGAUACUCAUAGCUUGUCUUUUCUGAUGCACUGGACUGAAUUUUUACCUCAACGUGCAAAGGCUGGUCAGCCCGAACUUUCUAAAGGACUUCACAAGAAAGAUUUCUAUGGAAUAUUUUGCUAGCUGCGGUGUUCACCGCAUCCUUCUAGUCUUACAAGAGAAGAUUAUUCCGUUUUUCUGUAUCAUCAAGCGGGAUGUGUGCAUCAGUGGGAGAGGAAAACCAAACAGUCUACUUCAGUUUAGCGUAACUAUUUAAUUGUGUGGGUCCAUAGACUUUUUAAAGGAGAUUUCUGACUUCGCCACUGUAAAUGCCUUUAACGAGCAUUAAUUUUUUGAAAGUUUUACAGAGUUUUAUUAGUUUUACUAGUUUAUCUUACUGAUCUAUACAGACUUGUGCUGGUGCAAGUACAGGCUGCCAGGCAAUUGCACUAUAUUUGGCUCCAGAUUCAAAUAGGCAGUUCUCUUAUCUGGUUGACUCUUGUGAAUGUGUAAUACAAACAGGUGUAAUGCCUGUCACAGUGACAGAUAACACUGCCAUGGUCAAAAGUACCCAUGUUUCCCCCCUCCCCCUUUGGAAAAACAAUUAGCUUUUAGUAUAUUUCAGACUUCUCAAAAGUGCCCAUUUUAUGCUGCUGUGUGGUUUGUCAGAUCUAAAUGAUUUUUAAGCUUUUCUCACAGAAAGUUAACUUUGGCAAUAAGCAUUUUUUAAGGUCCCUUCACUCCCCUCACCCCCACUGACAAUGAGUUUUUCUAGAUGAAAUUUUGUGUAUAAUUUUAUCAACUAUUUCUUAUAGAUCAUAAUCUGGCAAUUUCUGAAAUCAGUCAGAAAAGACAUAUAUUUCCAUGCGUUUUUAAAGAAUUAUUUUUUAUCUGUUUUAUAGUCAUAGUUGGUGUCCUGUCACUUUGUUUUGAAAUAAGCUAGAACCAGGAUGCUUCCUUACUGGAUAGGCUUUGCCGAUCCUUAAGGUACAUUGAGUGAUGCUGCAACUUGCAAAAAUGUACCAGCAUUUUAAACAUUUUCCUGGGAAUCAAGGUUACUUACACAGUUACUCGCAGUGCAAAUCAAAUUUUGUGCUUUCAACCUGAAAUGUAAUGUACUUGGUGAGGUUUCCUUCCUUUGAGUAAAGUAAAGCUGCAUACAAAGGUUGAUUUUUCUUAGAUUCUGGAUUCCAUUCACGGGGAGACGGAAUUCCUUUCUUGUCCACACAAAGGGAGUCGAUCUAAAGCAAGCAUCAGUUACCAAGUAGGGGGAAAUGUAUUUUGUAUUUAGUGUAGAUAAUACUUUGUGAAUGGACAACAGUUACAUAGAGUCUCGGUAGUUCCAGCCAGUGUUGCCCAGCCCCAAUUUCACUGACAGGUAAUUCUCUUUCCUGGAACCUCAGGAGUGAGAGCUGGAAACGGGGAUAAAAGGCCCAGAGCCAGACUCCACGUGGAUGAGGAAGGUGCUGGGGGAAGAGAUAGAUACAAUGUGGUAAAUGGCGUUUGCCGCCUCUGCCUGGAAACACUGGAUCUGAUGGUGAAGGGUGUUUGCUUGAACUCAUUAGCUGGUCCAAAUCUUUUAAACUAGCCUUCUCAAAAUCCCAGCAAUAUAAAGCCCUGUUUUCCUUCAGUCUUUUAGACAAGCUUGUAAAUACAUUGAAGUUUACAUUUCUAUGUGCUGUCGGUCAGCGGCGCCACCACUGUUUGCUGGGACUGGUCUCUGAGAGUUUUAUAAUGUGUAUCGAGUUCCUGUAGCGCAUUAAGAUGGGUUAGACAUCCUUUAUUCUCUGCGUACAGUGAGAUGAAAGCAAGCUCUGUAAUUGAGGCACAUGGUGAAGAAAUGGCAGAUGUUAAUUUCUUAAGAUUUUCCUUUUUUGCAAAUACCUCACUUGGAUACUACAAAUCAGGACAUGUUGGUGAGGGGCUGGCUACUGCUUUUAUUCACACUUGUUCAGGGAGAGCACAGAAAAUACCCGUCAGCGUGGCCACCCUGGACCCAAGAGGAGGAAAAACAAACUUUUUUUAGGAAGAGGUCUCACUGGAGUCCUGGAUGUGAAGAACUCUUGGUGGCUGGCUGGCUGGCCGGCCAGCGGGCACCACACCUGCACUUGAGUGCCUCGGGCUUGCUUGUUUCUAACGCACAGAAGCAGCGUCACUUCUCACCAUCUCCUGGCAUGAAUGGAGCAGGGAGCAAGGCAGAGUGCCUGGAAGCCCUGAUUCACUUGCCUGCAGUUGGGCUAAACGCUCGACCUUGAACUCUACGGUUUGUACGACCUCAGUCAGUCCUAGCACACUGGGGCAAAUGAGUGUGGUGGUGGAGGAAACGCCGGGAGGCCUAUUUUUAUAGGAAAACCGUACCUUUAAUGGUGCAACGCUGUCAUUUUGGACAAAAGGAAAGAAAUAUGGAAGAACUGGGAUUAUUGAAAAAAACUUGCUGAGGGAUGAAUCUUUAAGAAGUAAUCACUGCAGAAUCAGAGUUGCCGCAAUCCUAUUGCAAGCAAGUCUGAAUGCGUAGUUUCAAUUGGGCUUGACAAUUUGAAUUUGUAACGCUCUGGACUGACUGAAUCGUUAUGCAUGUGUCAAUCAAUGGGAGGUGUGCAUUCUCUAGACGUAGGUGUAGGAUGCUUGGUUUUUUUAAAUGCAGCCUGUUUAGGCACUGUCAUGUAGUGUGAAAGAUUUAAAUGUAGCAAUGCUAAAGAGUAACAAUUUGGGGACAAGGUGCGGGGACAUUAAGAGAGUGGUGAAGAUCCAAACGAUGAACCAGUUAUGUUUUGUUAGUUGUUGAACCCUGAGCAAUUUAUAAAGAGAACUAGCUGGCUUAAUGCAGCUAGUUCUAGGCAGGCAGAACCUACUCAUUUUUACUGUAAAUUCUAGAUGCUGCUUCCAAAGGUGAUGACUUACAAGCAGACAUGUUCUAUAUGGUCUGUAUUUUAGGAUCUGGUGCCCAUGCUAUAUCAGAGCUUAGCUACCUGGCUCAGCUACCUGCCCGUCCUGUGGGAAAGGGUAAUCCACUGUUUAAUAAGGCUCACCCUCUCCACCCUGCCCUAGCGACCCUUUGUUAACGUGCUGUAAGAUUUUCUUGCCCGAUAGCAAGGCGGUAACUCUGCUUUCAUUCUAAGAAAGUGGAGGCUGAGGGCAUUGUAUCAAUAUGGCUUCAACUCCAAGGAUUUUUCCUUGUAAAAUGAAAGGGAAGAUCUUGUUAUUGAUUUACCAUUUUCUUAUCCCUUGCUAUUGACAUGUUCAUGCUCUUUCUGUGUCUAGUAGCUGAAAAUGUUUGCAUUUGCUCAUUUGACUAAUGGUGUAAUUUUUGUUUCUAUAUUGUUAGACCUGUAAUGUUUCAAAAUGUAUUUUAUUAAAUUUGGACUGGAUGUAUGUCUCUAGCAAUACGAGGUACUUUCUAAACUAUUAAGGGAGGGGUGGUAGCCCCAUAUUGAGGUAAGAUGAUGGUGGUUUAAAUUUUGUAAUUUUUUUUGGCCUGCAGGGAUAUUUUGUGUUCAUGUGUCCAAAAAAGAAUAAAUUGGCAUUCUUGUGCCAAAA